AAUAUUUAGAAUAUGGGUAAGCGAAAGAGAUCUGAGAAUACGGAAGCUACUAUUGGAGUCGGCGUCAAAAGGAUGAAACUGCAAAACGAUGGUAAUUUAUUGGAGAUGGAUUCAAAUGAGGUGUCGCGAAAUUUCAUCGGAAUGAACAAAAAUAAAGCAACAAACUAUCAUAAUAAUAAACUGAAAAUGGGAAUGAAUCGAUGUAUUGGGAUGAGUUAUCAAAGAUUAAGACGGAUUAUGACUACAGAUACAGAAUGCGAUCUGUUUGUAGUAGUGGAAAAGCGCCACAUAACGAUUGGAUGGCAUCAGUUAGGAGAAGCUGCUAAUGCUAUCAAAUAUAUUUUAAAGUUAUCACUUGGUCAAUACAGGAAGUCAUUAAACGGCAUCUUAUUAGCUGUGGGAAGGGUUGAUAUUAUUGACAAGCCGUUUUGUAUCGCUGAUCAACCAUGUAUGCAUAUUGAUUUAAAUGUAAACUGUAUUGUAUUUCGCCCGAAACAAGACCACGUCUACAAUUGCGUGGUAACAGCUAUUGAUAAGAAAUUCGUAACCGCUAAACUACACAACACGAUAACUUUUUUUGCACUUGUGAAGAAUACAAAGAAGUCUCUAGAGAUUGGUGACCAAGUACUGAUCAAAUUUUGUCACAUCGAAAUCAAAGGUUCAUUGUGCCAAAUAAAGGGAAUGAUAAUGUAGCGGAUUAUUGAUAAAUUGUUUGGUUUUGUUAAUUCUUGAAUAAAUUCACUCUAAAUAAAC